UCGGCUCUCCCUCUGCUUUUGGGGAGGAGCUGCUCUGAGGCACUGUGUUUGCAGAAUUCUGGUGAGGGGUUAAGAGGGGAGAUACAGCAUUAGACUCAAACCUGGUCUGGAAACCGGACUGAACGCCAACCUCCAUGCAGUGCCAGGAGCUCCUCGUGUGGGGCCUGAGCUUGGUGAUGAUCCUGGGUGGGGUGAUGCACUUUAUAUGUCUCAUGAAGUCUCAUGCUGCCUACGGCCGUUACGUGGACACCUCGGGCAGCUCCAUGAUGGUGCCUGCGAGGCUUGCCUGGUUCCUCCAGGAGCUUCCUGCUCUGCUGGUUCCCAUGCUUUUGAUGCUGACCACGGAUGGAAACAAUGGCACCGGGAGACACCUGAUGCUCUGGACCUUCUGCCUGCACUACUUCCAAAGGUGCUGCAUCUACUCCCUGCUGACCAAAGGGCGGCCCUAUCCGCUUAACAUCAUGCUGUCAGGGAUUGUGUUUUGCUCUAUUAAUGGCUUCCUGCAGGCACACUAUCUGCUGCACUGUGCUACAUAUCACCACACGUGGUUUUCUGAUACCUGUCUAGUAGCCGGUCUGAGCAUGUUUUUCAUAGGAAUGGGAAUCAAUAUUCACAGUGACCACAUUCUCCGCAGCCUGAGAAAGCCUGGAGAAAUUUCCUAUAAAAUCCCAAGAGGUGGUUUGUUUGAAUAUGUGUCUGGAGCUAAUUUCUUUGGAGAGAUUGUAGAGUGGCUGGGCUACGCUGUUGCUACUUGGUCUUUACCUACGUUUGCAUUUGCUUUUUUUACAAUUUGCUUCAUAGGCCCAAGAGCCUAUCACCAUCACAGGUUCUAUAAUGAGAAGUUCAGAGAUUUCCCCAGAUCAAGAAGAUCUCUCAUACCCUUCAUCUUCUGAAGAGUCAUUACAAAUAAAUGGAGUUUUUUUCUGACAGAAGGAAAGAAAUCAUCUUCUCAGUUGCUACGGUGUACACCUAUACUUUUUGGUUUGUUUUCAUUAACUGAUUUAGCAUACAGUUUGCAGAAAAGAUUCUACAGUUUAUGAAUUGUACAUGUUGCCAGAUAGUUUGUAAUGGUUUUGACAUCCCUGUAUGAUAAUGGCUCAAUCACAAAAGGACACUUAACUACAGCUUAGUCUUUUUUUUUUAAAGAGCAUUUGUACAGUUAUGUUAUUGCAGUUGUUAGUAUAUUUGUGUAACUGGGUGCAAUUUUUU